AAGAAGGAAAAAUGAACGGCGGUGGAAAGAAAUAAGAAGUGGGGAGGAGAAGGCAUGGCGCGAAUUUCUACGUUGCUUCUGGAGCAGGAGUCGUUGUGGACCCGUGGCCCUUCUCUCCAUUCUCUUUUCGACCCACUUCAACAUUUCUUUUCAUUUAUACACAAUCCUCGUAACAUUCAAUAAUCGUAUACAUAUUCUUCGAAUCUCUAUGCUUUUUUUUAGAUCUUUUGAGCCUCCGGAAAAACCCAUAUACAAUUCACCAAUACCCUCGUUUUAAGCUCCAUCAAUAGCAGCUUCCGAGCCCUAUUAAGGUCCGUUGCAAAUCCAGAAGUAAGCAAUGGCAACCAGCAUAGCUUCGGGAAGUGGUCUUCUGCAUCUUAGAGAGAGUGUAUACAGGGGACAGGGCUGUAGACGAGCCUAUUUUGUGUCCGGUAUUGGCAUCCCAACAUGCGUCCAAAAAGAUCAUUCUUGGUCUCACAGGGUUCCCAAUAACUUGCGGAUUCAUACAAGUAACCAUUUCCAAUCUCUAGCUAAUGAGUGUCGACAUAGGCAACACAGAACAGCAGUUAUAUCGUGCUUGAGAGAUGGUUCUACGAAGUAUUUUGAUUUUGCUGUUAUUGGCAGUGGAGUAGCAGGCCUUAGGUAUGCUCUUGAGGUUGCAAAACAUGGAACUGUUGCUGUGAUAACUAAGGCCGAGCCUCAUGAGAGCAACACUAAUUAUGCACAGGGCGGCGUGAGUGCUGUAUUGUGCCCAUCAGAUUCAGUAGAGAGUCACGUGUUGGAUACAAUAGUGGCUGGAGCUUAUCUAUGUGAUGAGGAGACCGUUCGAGUCGUGUGCACUGAGGGACCUGAGAGAAUCAGAGAAUUGAUUGCUAUGGGUGCUUCUUUUGAUCACGGGGAGGAUGGAAAUUUGCACCUGGCUAGGGAAGGGGGUCACUCUCAUCGUAGAAUCGUGCAUGCUGCGGAUAUGACAGGAAGAGAAAUAGAGAGGGCACUCUUAGAGGCAGUACAGAAGGAUCCUAAUAUUUUUGUGUUCGAGCACCAUUUUGCAAUAGAUUUGCUGACUUCUCAGGAUGGUUCUGACACGGUUUGUCAUGGCGUGGACACUUUGAAUACUGAAACACAGGAGGUGGUCAGAUUCAUCUCAAAGAUAACUUUACUCGCAUCAGGAGGGGCUGGACAUAUCUAUCCAAUUACUACAAACCCCCCGGUUGCCACUGGAGAUGGAGUAGCAAUGGCUCACCGAGCUCAAGCUGUGAUCUCCAAUAUGGAGUUCGUGCAGUUCCACCCGACUGCUCUAGCUGAUGAAGGCCUCCCUAUUAGACCAACCAAAGCUCGUGAAAAUGCCUUUCUGAUAACUGAAGCAGUGAGGGGCGAUGGAGGCAUCCUCUACAAUUUAGACAUGGAGAGAUUUAUGCCCUCGUACGAUGAGAGGGCAGAGCUUGCUCCAAGGGAUGUCGUGGCGAGAAGUAUAGACGAUCAAAUCAAGAAACGUAACGAAAAAUAUGUACUUCUUGACAUUAGUCACAAGUCCAGAGAAAAAAUUCUAUCCCAUUUCCCCAACAUAGCUGCUGAAUGUAUGAGGUAUGGCCUAGACAUAACUCGAAAGCCGAUUCCCGUUGUUCCGGCUGCUCAUUACAUGUGUGGUGGAGUUCGGGCUGGGCUGCAAGGGGAGACAAAUGUCCUAGGUCUCUACGUGGCAGGUGAAGUUGCAUGUACUGGCUUGCAUGGUGCAAACAGACUAGCUAGCAACUCAUUGCUCGAGGCCCUUGUGUUUGCCAGGAGAGCCGUGCAGCCGUCAAUUGAUCACACGAAGAGUUCUUGUACUGAUCAUAGCGCUUCCCGUUGGUGGCCCCGACCUACAAUGCCUAAAUCACUUGGGAACACUAUCCUGAGCAAUAUCAUCCAUAGGACGAGGGAAGUGAGGGACGAGUUGCAAUCGAUCAUGUGGGAGUAUGUUGGAAUUGUUCGAUCAACAACAAGGCUGCAAACUGCAGAGAGAAGGAUCGGGGAAUUGGAAUUGGAAUGGGAAACAUACUUAUUUCAACAGGGGUGGGAGCCAACAAUGGUAGUUCUUGAAGCUUGUGAAAUGAGGAACCUGUUUUGUUGUGCCAAACUGGUUGUAAGCAGUGCUCUCGCAAGGCACGAAAGCCGAGGGCUUCAUUACACCAUCGAUUUUCCGCAUUUGGAGGAAAGCAAAAGGCUGCCUACAAUUAUACUUCCCUCUUCAUUUGUAAGUAAUACAUGGAGUUCCAGACAACUACAUAGGCAGCAAAUAUGCCACAAGUCAGUAGUUCCUGCCAAAAUUUCUAUUUAAUUUCAGUAAAAGUUAUAACAUUUUUUCAAGUUUUUUAGCAUCAUUCAACUGUACAAACACUAAAUUCACACAAAUAUUUUCAAAUUUGGUGGUAGGCAUGUAAAGUAUGGUUUUAGAUGCUGCUGCAUUGGGAUCUGAACUUGUUUUCAUGAUUUUUGGGUGAUGUUCCACAUUUUGUUAUGAUUACGACGGUACAUCACAUCUUAUGCACCAGUUUAUAGCUAAAUGGUUUAA